AUGUCACUGCUUCUCCUUCAGCUGUUAGUGCUCUCAUGUCUUGGAGCCACAGAGCCACAGGGAGAUUCACCGCAAAGAAAAAGCAGAAGGCCAUUUCAGCACCUUUUCUAUCUGGACAAAAAUCUGCUUGGAAGUCAGAGUUUUCAUGAGCUGGUAGGGGAAAACCCGGUAGGUGUUGAGGAAACCCUGGGAGAACCAAGCUUUUUUGUAGCAAUUCCUCAGACGGCAUCUGAAAGUGAGAAGCAAGAGGAGAAAAAAAUGUCCAGAUUCAUCCUUCCCAAUGCAGAACUCCAUGCAGACCAAGACCUGAGAACCUGGGCAGCACCCAGAGAGAUCUCUCCUGUGGAAAACUUCUCUCCAUCCCACUAUUCCAGCAAGAGGGAGGCUGAACCUCCCUAUAGAAAAGAUGCCAAGAAAUUUUGGGACCACUUCAUGUUAAAGAAAAAUUCUGCAUCUGAAGAGGUUGUCCUGCCAAUCAAGACCAAUGAAAUGCACCAAGAAAACUGCAGAACCCUGCCUUUUUCCCAGGUUGUUAGUCAUGAGAGCUGUGAGAAGGUGAUGGUACAGAAUAAUCUGUGUUUUGGAAAAUGUAGUUCCUUUCAUGUUCCUGGUCCAGAAGAUCAUCUUUAUACCUUUUGUUCUCACUGCUUGCCCAGCAAGUUCUCCAUGAAGCGCCUGGAUCUCAACUGCACCAGUUCUGUCCUAGUGGUCAAAGAAGUCAUGAUUGUAGAAGAGUGUAAAUGUGAGACUCCGAAGAUUAAAGACCCUGCGAUUGGAUCUCUACUGUCAGACUUGCAUGCAAAUGUACAUGAGCACAAUUAA